AUGGGUCACGUGACGGCGGCGCAGCGUUGCCUAGGCAGCGGCUGCGGGCGGAAAGAGGGAGGGGGCCGGUCCUCCGCCCUGGCCCGGCCGCCGGGCCACCCGGCCGCGACACAGACNCUAGCCACGAGCCNGAGCCGUGAGCUGGAGCCAAGCGCGCUGAGGCUGGCCAGUCAGGCUAGCCCUGUGCUGCUGUCCCAGCCCCCGAGCGUCUUCUAUCUCUUUGUCUUCAAGCAAUCAACCAUCCUGCCCCAUUCUCUGGAGGAUGAGAGCCUUGCUACACAUGGCUUCAGCUUCCUGCUUCUCAGAACCCUCUCUGUGGCCAUGGUGGAGGUGCAGCUGGAGACCAAGUACCAGUACCCUCAGCCCCUGCUCAUUGCCUUCAGCGCCUGCACCACGGUGCUGGUAGCNGUGCAUCUGUUUGCUCUGCUCAUCAGCACUUGCAUCCUGCCCAACGUGGAAGCUGUGAGCAACAUCCACAACCUCAACUCCAUCAGCGAGUCGCCGCACGAGCGCAUGCACCCGUACAUCGAGCUGGCCUGGGGCUUCUCCACCGUUCUGGGCAUCCUGCUUUUCCUGGCUGAGGUGGUCCUGCUCUGCUGGAUCAAGUUCCUCCCAGUGGAUGCCAAGGAUCAGCCAGGUUCCCACAGCCACACGGGCUGGCAGGCCGCUCUGGUGUCCACCAUCAUCAUGGUACCGGUGGGCCUCAUCUUCGUGGUCUUCACUAUCCACUUCUACCGUUCCCUGGUGCGGCACAAGACGGAGCGCCACAACCGUGAGAUCGAAGAGCUGCACAAGCUCAAGGUGCAGCUGGAUGGGCACGAGCGGAGCCUGCAGGUGGUGUGAGGGAGACCGUUGNGAUUUGCUACCAACUUGCACGGGAGGGCAACCCUCAGGCCACCACNCAGCUGGUCAGAGUAGCCAAGGGGGCCGCCAGACAAACCCGGGCUGCAUGAGAUCCACCACACAUCCCAAGAGCUACAGUGUGGGGAUGGCUAAACAGACUGCCCGGAUGCUGCUCCAAUAACCCCAUACUUCUGUCCCCGCAUGAAUAAGGGUCUAAAAGGAGUGAGAAAGCGUCCAUUUCAUCAUGGAGGCCGGAGGAAGAAACACGACCACGUGGCCCUGGAGACUUCCUGGUCCAAUCAUAUCAGAGAGCACUGUAGAUCUCNGACGUCUGGACCUUGUGAUUGGCAGGGCAGAGUGGNGAAUUCCCAAAGCCAGCUGGGGGCUGGGGCUCAGGUGGGAGAGUGUUUGCCUAGUGUGCAGGAAGCAUUGCCUAAACCGGGUCAUCGCGGUGAUAGGAAGGUGGAGGAAGUCAGAUCAGGGCUUCAAAGUUGUUCUCUGCUACAUGGUGAGUUUGAGGCUACACGAAAAAGUCAGACACAUGCACAUGCAUGCAGAAGAGUGUGCGCAUGCACA